AUGGAUAGUACCAUCAGCGUCCUGCCUUCGGAGGCAUAUGAUAUCAUCACGAAGAACAUCUUCAUUGUGGAGACGAUCGCCAUGUUCUCCAUCAGUGCAGCCGGUGCUGCAGAGGUGGUGGUAUCCAUAUUUGAGAGUUUCAAGAGGUACCGCGGGCUAUACUUCUGGAGCAUGCAAAUCGCCGCCUGGGGCAUCCUAGUCCACGCCAUCGCAGCCCAGAUUCGCUUUCUAAGCUACGCCUCCAACCUGGCCAUGACGAUCCCCUUCGCGAUCGGCUGGAUAUGCAUGGUAACCGGACAAGCGGUGGUGCUAUACUCUCGACUGCACCUGGUCGUUCACGACGUUCGACAUAUCCGCUGGGUCCUGUGGAUGAUUAUAGCAAGUUUCUUCAUUCUCCAUGCACCAAUGACAGGCCUUUUCUUCUGCCUUAACCUCGGUGACACCAGAUGCAUACAUCCCGCAGCGAUUUACGACCGUCUCCAAAUCGUGGGAUUCGCCCUGCAAGACACGAUCAUUUGCGCCAUCUACAUACGCGAGGCACUCAUGGCGCUGAAACCUAUAUUUGCUAUCAGGGGUCACUCGGGGAGAAGAGUCAUCUACUGGCUUCUUUUCGUCAACGUUUUCGGAAUCAUCCUCGACAUCCUAAUCAUCAUCACCGAAUUCAAAGUCCACUAUAUCGCGGUAGGGUUCAAAACAGUCGCAUAUAGCAUCAAACUCAAGCUUGAGUUCUUCGCUUUGACCCAGCUCCGUGAAUUGACGCGCACAUAUCCCUGCUCGCUAUGUCAAGGAUUAGAAGGGCAAGCGCGAGGAUCCAGCGAGGCGAACAUUUUCAACGUCCCGGUCAAUCACGACCAUCCAACUGUCCAGGUGGGAACAUUGCCUAGCUUUGUGGGAACUAUUAGCCCACCACCGCCUCAAUCGACACGUAGCAGUACUUAUGAUUUCCAUGAGGCGCUGCGACAGACGGUUUCGACUGAGAAUUCCAUUCACGUGCAUACGGAUACUAUUUCGCCGAUUCGAUCGGAUACUCGAUCUACAGUUGAGAUGACUUUGUUGGAGGCUCCGAAGUAG